AGGAGAUUUGUUGGACUCUUUGCCCUAAAGGGUAUUAAGGGCAACCCUCCGGACUAUUAUUAUUCUAAAUUCGUCCUUUUUUGUUGUUGUUCUGAAGGAUUCGGGAUUGAUUUUUUGGUUUGUUCUGACUGCCAUCAUGUGUCGGCCCCACUGCGUGGAGGGAUUGAGUCUGACCCAGAGAAGAAGUUGGGGGUCUGUUUUGAUGUUCCUCUGCUGCUUUCUGUUCACAUCUGGGGCCAGGCCUAAGGGCCCAGGGCACAACUACCUGAACUCCAUCCGCAUCGACGGGGACAUCUCGCUGGGGGGGCUGUUCCCGGUGCACGCCCGGGGGAGCGAGGGGAAGCCCUGCGGGGAGCUGAAGAAGGAGAAGGGGAUUCAUCGUCUGGAGGCCAUGUUGUUCGCCCUGGACCGCAUCAACAACGACCACGAGCUCCUGCCCAACAUCACGCUGGGGGCUCGGAUCCUGGACACCUGCUCGCGCGACACCCACGCCCUGGAGCAGUCGCUCACCUUCGUCCAGGCGCUGAUCGAGAGGGACGGCUCUGAUGUGAAGUGCCCCGGCGGGGGCCAGCCCAUCGUCAGCAAGCCCGAGAGGGUGGUGGGGGUCAUCGGAGCCUCGGCCAGCUCCGUCUCCAUCAUGGUGGCCAACAUCCUGCGCCUCUUUAAGAUCCCCCAGGUGAGCUACGCCUCCACGGCCCCGGAGCUGAGUGAUAACAGCCGCUACGAUUUCUUCUCCCGCGUGGUCCCGCCGGACACCUACCAGGCCCAGGCCAUGCUGGACAUCGUCAAAGCACUGGGCUGGAACUAUGUCUCCACGGUAGCCUCAGAGGGCAACUACGGAGAGAGUGGGGUGGACGCCUUCAUCCAGAGGUCCCGCGAGGAGGAGGGAGUGUGCAUUGCCCAAUCAGUGAAGAUCCCCCGUGAACCGAGACCUGGGGAGUUUGACAGGGUCAUCCACCGUCUGCGUGAGAACCCCAAUGCCCGCGUGGUCAUCCUGUUCGCCAACGAGGACGACAUCAGACGGCUCCUGCAGGCAGCCAAAAAGGCCAGUCAGACAGGUCACUUCCUGUGGGUGGGCUCAGACAGCUGGGGGUCAAAGAUUUCACCUGUGCUGCACCAGGAAGACGUGGCUGAGGGGGCGGUGACCAUCCUACCCAAACGCCUGUCCAUCAGAGGGUUUGACCGCUACUUCAUUAGCCGCACGUUGGACAACAACAGGAGGAACAUCUGGUUCGCCGAGUUCUGGGAGAACAACUUCCACUGCAAGCUCAGCCGCCACGCCCUGAAGAAGGGCUCCGGCAUCAAGAAAUGCACAAACCACGAGCGGAUCGGGAAGGACUCGUCGUAUGAGCAGGAGGGGAAAGUGCAGUUUGUGAUCGAUGCGGUGUAUGCCAUGGCCCACGCGCUGCACCGCAUGCACAAGGAGCUCUGUCCCGGGUUCGUGGGGCUGUGUCCCAGGAUGGACCCCAUCAACGGCACCACCCUCCUGAGGUUCAUCCGCAGCACCAAGUUCUCAGGAAUUGUUGGAAACCCUGUGCUUUUCAACGAAAACGGUGAUGCACCUGGUCGCUAUGAGAUCUACCAGUACCAGAUCAGGAACAGCUCAGCCGAGUACAGGAUAAUAGGUCACUGGGCGGAUCGCCUCUCUCUCGAUGUCUCGGCGAUGCAGUGGCCGGGAGGUGUCCGGCAGGUGCCCGAGUCGAUCUGCAGCCAGCCGUGUAACCCCGGCGAGCGGAUGAAGAUUGUGAAGGGCACGCCCUGCUGCUGGCACUGCGAACGCUGCGAUGGCUACCAGUACCUGGACAACCCCUACACCUGCAAGAUGUGCCGCUUUGACCGGAGGCCCAACAGGGCCCACACGACCUGCCUGCCUAUCCCCAUCGUCAAGCUGGAGUGGAGCUCGCCCUGGGCCGUCAUCCCGGUCAUCAUCGCCGUCCUGGGCAUCGGCGCCACCUUCUUCGUGGUGGUGACCUUCGUCCGCUACAACGACACCCCCAUCGUGAAGGCCUCGGGCCGCGAGCUCAGCUACGUGCUGCUGACGGGCAUCUUCCUGUGCUACGCCACCACCUUCCUGAUGAUCCUCACGCCCGACGUGGGCGUGUGUGCCCUGCGGCGCAUCUUCCUGGGCCUGGGGAUGAGCAUCAGCUACGCCGCCCUGCUCACCAAGACCAACCGCAUCUACCGCAUCUUCGAGCAGGGCAAAGUGUCCAUCAGCGCCCCGCGCUUCAUCAGCCCAGCCUCCCAGCUGGUCAUCACCUUCAGCCUGAUCUCCGUGCAGCUCCUGGGCGUGUGCAUCUGGUUCAUCCUGGACCCCUCGCAGGCACUGGUGGACUACGAGGACCAGCGCACCACCAACCCCGAACUGGCGCAGGGCGUGCUCAAGUGCGACAUCUCCGACCUGUCUCUGAUCUGCCUGCUGGGCUACAGCAUGCUGCUGAUGGUCACGUGCACGGUGUACGCCAUCAAGACGCGCGGCGUGCCCGAGACCUUCAACGAGGCCAAGCCCAUCGGAUUCACCAUGUACACCACCUGCAUCGUGUGGCUGGCCUUCAUCCCUAUCUUCUUCGGCACCUCGCAGUCCGCUGAGAAGAUGUACAUCCAGACAGCCACUCUGACCAUCUCGGUGAGCCUGAGCGCGUCCGUGUCCCUGGGGAUGCUCUACAUGCCCAAGGUGUACGUGGUGCUGUUCCACCCGGAGCAGAACGUGGCCAAGCGGGCCCGGAGCCUGAAGGCCGUGGUCACGGCCGCCACCAUGUCCAACAAGUUCAACCCCAAAGUGCGGCCCAACGGAGAGGCGCAGACCGAGCUGUGUGACAGCCUGGAGACGCACGGUAUGCCACCCAAACAAACGUACAUCAGCUACAGCAACCAUGCUAUUUAGAGGAGGACAGCCAUCUCUAAGUGUGCAUGUUAAACCAUGAGUAGGACAGUGUUUAUGCCGACUCAUCAGGAUGCAGAAAGCACUGGGAAUGGGAUAAGGGAAGAAAUAUACUUAAGAGAGAAGAAAACUUAAAUAAAAUAAAUUUUAACAACUGUGAGGAGACUUCUUAGGGGACUCCACAUGGGAAAGGCAUGCUGCCCAGAGCUGCAGGGAAGGAUUUUUAGCGCCAACGGCUUCGCCUCAGCGACGGCUGGACUGGCGGCCCUGUUUCCAUGGCAACCGCGCGAACCUGGAGCGGUUGAUCUUUGGAACUGGAGGAUAUUUUUUAUUUUUAUUUUUUUGCUUUCUGGAGUUUCCAUCAGUGCGCGCUUUGGCAUUCCGAGACAUCUUCUUCGCAGGAGAAAGUCUGCGGGAAAUUCUGUUCUGAGAGCGAACAUGCGAAAAGCAAAAAAAGACAAAACAAAAAAAAAUUAAAAGAAAAAAGGCUGUUUUAUUGUACGCAGUGUUGUGUUUUUUCCAAUGGUGUGAACCAAUAAUAGAGCUGCUUUCUAUUCUUUGCAAUGGUGCCGAAGGACUGCGGGAGAGUGCCCUAGUCCUCUUUUCAGUUGCUCUCGCAUUCGGGUCUAAUGUACUUAUUCAAAUGUGGCCAGGUCGUCAGGUUUGGCGUACUGUAUUUGACGUCAGAAUCAGAGUUGAUAUGAUCCCACACAUAAUAUGCAGCAACCAUUCAGGUUAGUAUCACUGUAGUUUUUACCUUUUAUAUUGAAAUAAAGGUGGGGCUAUCCAUUAUUUUGACAAAAUCUCUUAACAUUUUUGUUCCUAAUGCCGAUGUCAUUUCAUUAAGCUUCUACCACACACUUAAGAACAAUAAAGGGAUUAUUUAUGUUUUUGCUUCCUUGUUUUGUGAAAAAAAAAAAGAAAAAAUCUAUAUAUACAAUGGGGAUGAUGCAAUGUGACUGUCUCUAUGGUCAUUGUUUACUGAUGUUAGCAUGCCUGUCUAAAAAUACAUGUCUGUACUGUGCGGUCAGUCUACGGAAUGCAAACUGUCUGAGGACUUAAGGUGAGAAGCUUACAGGUGUUACAGCUACUCGGGUCCAAGCCUAUCCCACACCGGUCAGGGUCAAAGGUCAAGGGUCAACUUUUUUCUUUUUUUUAAUACAGACGACUGCCACCAUGCGCUAUGAGCUAACACUGCCCCCCUGAUACGAUGAUCUCACAACAGUUCAGGGUCUUAGAAAACACUCCCCUACGCUGUCACAAUAUUAAUCUGUAAUGAUGUCAGACACAGCAUAAUAAUAAUAAUAAUAAUAACAAUAAUAAUAAUAAUAAUAAUAAUAAUAACAAUAAUAAUAAUAUAGACAUUAAUUUAUAUACAAUUCAUUUGUUAAAUUUCCCUUUUCUUUUCUGUUGCUCAACGCAUCCAGGAAGAUAAUUAAAGGUGCAGAUCUAGAACUAGGCCGUUAAUCUUAAAGCCAUUCAGUCAAUAAAAAGGGAAAUGACAGUGUGGAGCUGGGGGGAAAACCAGCACUCAUAAAAUAAUUGUUCCUGCCAAUAAAAAAAACACCUGGAUGAAGGAAUCUCUUGCUCCAUCAGUGUCACGAUCAUACAUACAAAAUGCCUUCUAUGUGAAACUAAAGCAAACACCCUCUGCAGCAUCGCAUGAGUGCUGUAGCACUCUCAUCAUUCGUACAAAAUGUCCGCCAUUAUCCCAUACGUACCCUUCAUAUGAAAGAUGUAGGAAUGCUCUGUCUGAAUGAUUGCCUUCGCAAAACUCCACACUCUAAGAAAAACGGAGAAUGUCAGGGACUAUUAGGACCAAUGGGUUACUAUUCUGCAGAAGGAGCUGUGACUAGAGAAGGGUUUUAACAUAUAGAUAUGUUAACUGCAAUUUUAAUGCUUAGAACUGUCUGCUCUUUGCUUCGACAAAACUGCAAGCAGUGAAAUUAUGUUUUUUUAUUUUUUAUUUAUCCAUCUCUGAAGAAAUAUUGUGAGAUUGUUUGUGAUUGUGUGUUCAAUAAUUUACUGGUUUUAAUUUCCCCUCUGUUUUAUCACGCCCAACGUGGUCAGUGUUUCACAAGAGCAUAUGUGAGUGCACACAAGAUUCAAUGGCAAGUUCAUGUACUUUAUUCAAAUGGAUCGAUGUCUGCUUUAUGUACUGAAAUAUUUAAAAAGGAAAUAAGAAAAAUGGAAAAAAUACAGUGCCUGGAUAAUUAUGAUAAUUAUGAUCUAUAAGUCAUGGAAUAGAGUGUUGAGCAUGUUCAUUUUUAUACAAGAUAUUUCUAAUAAAAAAUGUUUUGCAAUAUC